AUGUUAUCGAAAUUAAAAUAUUGCGCUCAAAAUACAAGUUUGCACGGAAUUCGAUACAUUGUUGAUGAUAAAAUCAACCCUGUGAUAAGAUUCAUUUGGUUAAUCAUAAUGGGAUUAUCAAUUUACGGAAUGCUUAUUAUUUUAAAAGGAUCUUAUGAAAGCUACAAAAACGAUUCGAUUAGUUUCGUAACUGAAACUGCUUAUUUAGAUUGGAACACUACAUUUCCCGCAGUUACAAUUUGCGAAAUUAAUAGUGCUGAUAUUACAUGGACUAACGAUAAUGAUACUCAAGAAUAUUCUCCCGUACAACAAUUUUUAGCCGACUUAGUGUUCUUCACGGGGAGUUGUUACAGUUGCUCGGCUGAUUGCGAAGAAUGCCGCCGAUUAAAUUUUAAAGAAAUGGUUAAAAGGUUUCGAAAACCUUGUAAAAAGUUAAUAAAAAAUUGUCUGUGGAGAGGGCAAAAAUUCGAUUGUUGCGAAAAAUUUUUACCUUUAAACACGGAAUACGGAGUUUGCUUUUCUUUAAAUUCAAUGCAUACAAAAAAAACUUUUCAAUCUCACCUAGACAUGGAAUCGAAUCGAAAAACGGGACCCGGAGAAUUAAUAAUUGAACCAAUCGAUGAUAUAAGAUUUUAUUUUCAUGCUCGCGAAGAUGUUCCUUUUAUUAAUUCAGAUCCGGAUCAACGCAGAGAUGUGAUGCUCGGUGAAACUUUUAAUGUUAUGUUUAAAGUAACCGAAAUAGAAAAUGACGAAAACGUUAUUCACGUACCAGUAAAAAUCCGAAAUUGUCGAUUUCCAUCAGAAAAUCCCCCAAAUUUAAUCGUUCACAAUUUUUAUAGCUACUCAACAUGCAUCGUUCAGUGCCACGCAGACGCUCAUUUAGAUCUUUGCAAUUGCACCCAUCAUUUAAUGCCAGUUUUGGGAGACCAUAAAAUGUGUGAUGUUGAUGGAUUAAAAUGUUUAACUGACAAAUUUGAUAUUGUAAAUCGAUUGCAUGCCAAAGGCUUUGAUAAACCUGGAUUGGUUUGUGAAUGUGUUCCUUCGUGUACAGAACCGGAAUAUAAAGUCGUUUUUGAUAGUAAAAGUAUUGGAAAUGUACCCAGUAAGAUUAUUUUAAAAAUGGGAUCUCUUCCAACAUCGAGAUUUAAAAGAAAUGUUGUGCGAACAACAAUGGAUUUAGUUGGUUCGUACUUUUUUUUCUUUUUAAUUAAAUGCAUUGAUAAGUUUUUUUUAGUGUCGAUUGGGGGAAAUGCUGGUUUAUUUAUUGGAGCUUCUUUAUUAAGUGUAAUUGAAUUGAUUUAUUUAUUAUUUCUUAGACGUUAAAGGUAAACCAACAAAUUUAUUGAUGUAAAUCCUGAAUUGUAGACAACCAACAAUAACUGUAAUUAAUUUUAUGAUAUAGUAAUUCAGUUGUAAAUUUAGUUUUAGCAUAAAUAACAACGAUACCUUUAUAUCAUCUAACUUUUUCUCGAUAAAUAAACACUCACAAAGAGAUUUCUUCAUUA